GUCGAGGCAGGAGGUGAGGGAGGGAGAGAGAGGCUGCGCGACUCCCAGCGCCUCGACACGCAUGAGCCCAAAAUAGAAAAUACGUUCAGCAUCUAUUCCCACAUUUACUCCAGGAAACCGCCUCAUUGGCUCCGCUUCCCAAACUAUGCGUGUUUUAUUUUAAAAGCAAAAGCGAAUCUCCACAUCCAUGUAGUUUUGCUUUCGGUUGGGGUUUGAAGUUCCUUCCCCUCCCCCCCCCUCCCCACCUUUGGGGGGAUUUUUGUUCCCGUUGCCGGCCAGGGAGCUUUAUUUUUGUCCGCUCUUCUAUCGUAAAUCCUCCCCUAAACUUUUAUUUUCUGAGAGGAGGUGGGGGGGGGCGGGGUGGAGCCGUCGUUGUGAACAUGCCACAGCCGAAGUCUCGGAAGGUUGCGAUCCUGGGAUACAGAUCAGUGGGGAAGUCCUCAUUGACUAUCCAGUUUGUUGAAGGGCAGUUUGUGGACUCGUAUGAUCCCACAAUAGAAAAUAGUAACAUUACCAAACUGAUCACAGUGAAUGGGCAAGAUUACCACCUGCAGCUUGUGGACACAGCUGGACAGGAUGAAUACUCUAUCUUCCCUCAAACAUAUUCCAUAGACAUUAAUGGGUACAUUUUGGUGUAUUCAGUUACAUCUAACAAAAGUUUUGAGGUGAUCAAAGUGAUUCACGAAAAAUUGUUGGAUAUGGUGGGGAAAGUUCAAGUGCCCAUUAUGUUGGUUGGAAAUAAGAAGGAUCUACACAUGGAAAGGGUGAUCAGUUAUGAAGAAGGGAAGAGCUUAGCAGAUUCCUGGAGUGCUGCCUUCAUGGAAUCCUCUGCUAAAGAGAAUCAGACUGCAGUUGAGGUGUUUAAGCGAAUAAUUAUGGAGGCUGAGAGGGCCGAUGGAGGAUGUCAGCAAGCAAAAUCUUCAUGCUCAGUAAUGUGAGCUCCGAAGAUGACCCUGAAACUGCUUUACUUGAAGAGGCGUAUUGCCACUUUCCCUUCAAAUAAAACUCUGCCUUUCUUUUUACCAGUUCUACAGAUGGUCAGAGACUUCCUUUUUCUUUCCUCACUUAUGUUGAAUUCUGACCCUUUUGCAAAUGGCUUCACUUCUGCAUAAAAAAUACUUAAUUCAUAUUUUUUCGAAUUGUAUAUUGUAUUUCUAGACUAGCAAUGAAUAGUCAUUUGCCAACAUUCAUUUUCCAUGUAGUAUGGAUGUCAGUUGGAAGUAGUUGAUUGUAAACUUCAAGAAAACAUGCAUAUUGUUACACUACUAUUUACACGCAGGCUUGGAUAUCAGUGCUUUUCUUCAUGUGUUGUACGUAUACUUGUAAAUAAAAGUUAGCAGCAAACUGAUUUGUUUUUAAUACUUGCUGGUAGAAAUAUACUGUUGUAAGACUUUUGUUUAUACCAGAUUCUCUGUAUUAUACAAAGGUAUUUUAAAACAAUCGAGAUGGGUUUUAUUUAUGAGCCUGCAUUUUGUCCUUGCUAUGAAGGCAGCUCAUGGGACCCUGACGUUGACUGACAUCUGCUUUUUGUUCUAACUAGUGUAUUUUCUUUUUUUUAAAUCAUUAAAACCAGUGAAGACAACCUUCAUUGAAAGUCAAUAGCUUGCUGCGUGUAGAUUUUCUACUGUGUAUUUAAAUGGGGUUUCAGCAGUCUAAAGGUUGAGAUUUGGGAGGUAUAAAAUGCAAUGCAACAAAUUGUAUAUAUUUAAGAAAUUACCAUUUCAGCUGGUGUGAUUUUCUUUUUCUUCAAAACAUAACGUGAUUGAUUAAUGUUGUUGACAAUCUGCAGUAGUACUAUUGCCUUAUAAUCUACGUUCUAAGCCCACCACCCUUCAGUUAUUACUUGUGUAGGUACCAAUGCAUAAACCUUCACAUGGACUGCCUUUAAUUCCAUUGUGUAGCACUAGUCAGUGAAAUCAAAUUAGUUGCACAUUUUUCCUCCAAUCUGUAAGCUCCACUGAAGGGUUGGUAAUGUCCUAUUCAAUCAUUUACUGUAAUUUCUACAUACAGGGUAAUUUGAAGUGGGGUUUAGUCCAUGGUAGAUGAGAUUUGCUCACUGCAGAAAUGCAAAUAUUUGUGUUAAGUUAAAAUAAGUUGAAAAGUUAGUUUGUCUAGUAUAAAUUUGUUGCGAUCCCUACUGAUCUGUACACUUGGGCAAUGCAAUUUACAACACAUGAUGAAAAUAUUGCUGUGAUUGGUCAGAAAUGCAAUAAAAAUAUUUUACUUUCA